GCACGCUUUCAGGAAGUCGCCUCUUCGCCAGCUGAUGGAGGCUGGCCACUCGGCUGCAGCUCCCGCGGUAACUUGUGGACAACCGUGAGAGAAGAUGCCUCGGAUAGCAGUCGUACCAGAUGUCCACAGUCAUGUCCUGGCAGAAUUCGACUGCCUCGACCCUCUCCUCUCCACUCUACGCUUAGACUCUAGCAGACUCAAGUGUACAUGUUUGGCUGUUUCGAGGAAGUGGCUAGCGUUAGGAACGUCAGCUGGAGGGUUGCACCUGAUUCAGAGGGAGGGCUGGAAACAAAGGCUUAUACUUACUCACAAGGAAGGAUCUAUUACUCAGGUGUCGUGCUGUCCACAUGAUGAAGACUUUAUUGCUGUUGCAACAAGUCAGGGUCUGGUGGUUGUGUGGGAGCUGCAGCUAGAGCGCCGUGGACGUCCAGAGAGAGUGAGUGUGUCCUGGGAGCACAGGGGCCAGAACAUCACCGCGCUCUGUUGGGACACCAACGCGCUCAAGGUUUUUAUCGGAGACACGACAGGGAAGGUGUCUUCUCUCCGGGCAGCAUCCUCUAAGAUGGGAAAGGGUUCAGGAUUCGUUAUGUUUCCUGUUCAGACAGUCACCACUGUUGACUCCAAAGUGGUUCAGCUUGGGUACCAGGACAGUCGGCUGCUUGUGUCUUCUCUGAGCCGCUGUUACCUCUGUGACACAGAAAAGGAGAAGUUUUGGCGUGUGGGGAACAGGGAGCGUGAUGGGGAAUAUGGAGCUUGUUUUUUCCCUCAGAACAAGGGAUUGAUGGCGGGUCAACCCCCGCUGCUCUACUGCGCCCGGCCGGGGUCCCGGAUAUGGGAAGCCAGUUUUAAUGGCGAUGUUUUAAGCACACAGCAGUUCAAACAGGUGCUCAACUGCCCUCCUUUACCUCUUAUCACAUACAGAAACGAGCCACAAUACAAUCCAAGCCAGAAGAGCCCCCAAUCAAUUGCCUUCCCAAAGCUACUAUAUUUUGGAGACCAAAACUUGCUUACCUGGACUGAUUCAGCUAUUUAUAUCUUUACACCUCACAAUGGCCAUGUUCUUCUAUGGACAGAGCUCAAAGAUGUGCUCGACAUCGCAGUCUACCGCAGUGAGCUCUUCUGCCUCCAUGGCGGCGGCCGUCUGUCCCACCUCUCCCUGUUGUCCGUAGAACGCUGUGUUGAACGCCUUCUGCGACGCGAGUCCUGGCCUCUGGCGGCUUCGGUCUGCUGUAUGUUCCAGCAUACCAUCAGCAUCAGUCGGGCCAGAAAAUCAAUUCCCAUCGAGCGCUUGGAACACCUUCGAUCCCAGCUCAGUUCCAGCACUCACCCCGAGUUGAUUGGGCAGCUAGAUGAGGUGAUUGCCAAGCUGGAGCCCCUGGACUCGGCCUGCAGCAGCCGCAGAAGCAGCAUCUCAUCUCAUGAAAGCUUCAAUGUCCUGGACUGCGGUAUCUACCGAGUGAUCAGUCGCCGAGGGAGCCGGUCUGAUGAAGAGACGAGCUCCCUCAUGAAUCAGUCCGCUUCGGAAGAGGAGCGGCUCAAAGAGUUCAGCUUUGCGCAGGAAGAAGAUCAAGUGGACCACGAUGCGCAGAGCGGCGAGCGGGCGGAAGCAGAGCGAUCCGAACAAGGCCUGCAAUUCCAUCUGCCCAUCUCAUUCCGCACCAAACCCCCCCGCAUUGCACUGCAGGCCGUCAAAGACAGUGUUUCUAGUUUCGUCAAGAAGACGACCGAGAAGAUCAAUACGCUCCAGAUGAACUCUGAGCUCUGGCAGCGACCUGACUUGAGAGAAGGCAUUCACGCCGAGAUGUCUGCCACCUCUGCUCCGUUCUUGGAAGACGCAGAUAUUGAGGUUUAUCCAGACAUGCCUAACACAGAGUCUGAACUGCUAGAGCUUCAGUCGGCCACUGAGCAUGCCAUUUUCCAGAUCCAAGAUCCCUUGGUUCUACUGGAUCCACAUUUCCUGGAAGAAACUCUCCAAGAGUGGCUCAAGGCGCUGGAGCGAAUCCUCAGGCCGGCUCAGCCUUCAGACACGGAUGAAGACACGGAACCGCUUUCAAACACAUCUUCACACACACCAGAAGAGUCGACAGAAGAACCGACAGAGAGCUCACUACAGGAGAACACCGAGAUGCCUCCAGAGGCGGAGCGCAACCGUCAGCUGGCCUCAGAAAAUGGAACGGUGGCAUCUGAAGAAGCUUUGCGAUUGGUGUCCCCCAUAGCGCUGCCCUCCGAUCUUCUGGUUAAUCUCACGCAGCUGGCCACGCUUUAUGCAGAGCUGAGCUGCUUCAGCAAGGAGACAAAAGGCCAGGAACUGAGCUGCGGGACGUUCCUGCGACGUUACUUCUUCUUGCUGGACCAAGAACGCAUUAGACGCAUGUGUCUGCUAUGCCGCCAGGAGCAGCAGGACGUGCAGAGCUCCUUCAUCGAGGCCAUGUUAGGUGUGACACAGUCCAGUAAAGUGGUGGAAAUCAUUCACAGAGGAGAUUUACAGAGAUCACUACGCUAUCUGCGAGAACUGCAGCCCUGGAGUCCUCCCGUUCUGAUCGCUCACUUACACAGGUUGUAUGACAAGCACGGUGAAGCGGCCGUGCGCUGCUUUGCCCCGUUCUAUCCCACCGUCACCCCUGCAGAUGUGAUGCGGAUGGCUCACAAAAGCCACUUCCUGGCCUACCUGGAUAACCUGGUCCUGUCGCAACCUGAAGAACAGAGGUUGUCAUUCCUGCAAUCUCUUCUUGAACCGGAAUCACUGCGGCAGGAGUGGUUUGAGCUGGCACUUAGCCACGACGCGCCUCAGCAACGCGACACGAUGACACCCGAGGGACAGCCCAGGUGGAAUUCUCACUGUUUCAGUUGGGGUUACGGGCGCCUCCUCGCUCUGCUGAUCCAACUUCCCGCAGACUUUUCGUCCAAGCAGAAGAUGGCAGAAACCUGCCGCGCUCACGGUUACUGGACAGGUUAUCUCCAUCUCUGUUGUGAGCUACAACGCCGCCCCGAAGCUUUCCAAACAAUCUGUCAGUUGGAUGAUAUAAGCCUGCUGGAGGACCUGGACGGCGUGGAGCCUCAAAACUUGGCCGAGUGGAAGCUCCUGAUCCAGUUGGCUCAGGACGGCAGCCAUACGUCAGACGUGAACGGAGACACUUUGUCCAACGGCUCCGCAGACUGCAGCAGAAAGAUCAACCCCGAGGCCGUCACCCUGCGCCUGGCCCGUACGGUCGGGCCGGAGCGCGCCGUGGCUGUCCUGGAGGAGUGCGGGGUGCAGCUCAGUCUUUCUCCUCACUCGCAGCUGGUGUGCGAGCUGCUGAAGGUGGCCGAGAAGCGGCAGCGGGCGACCAUUCAGACGAUGCUGGAGCGCUGCGAUCGCUUCCUGUGGUCCCAACAUGCCUGACCCACGCGCAUGCCAGCAUCUUACGCAGGGUUUACCUCACAUUGAUUUGGAUUAAUUUAUGUGCUUUACUACUAAUCAAGGUACUCACCCUUAAAACAUCAGUGUGUUAAUUGCUCAUAUUUUGCACGGGCACUCUCUUGUUUGCGACUGAAUGUACUGUUGGUGCAAUACAGAUUUUUAAAGGCUG